AUGCUGCGACAGGGUUCACGUUUCCUCCUGAGCCGAGCUUCCGCCGCCUCGAUGAGGUGUAGCCGCCCAUUUUCCACCGAUCUACCGGCGGAGACCGCGGGAGAUUCCAAGUUCGUCGAGGCCUGGAAGAAAGUGAUGCCGAAUAUGGAUCCACCGAAAACCCCCUCGGCCUACAUGGCUCCUCGCCCGCCGACCCCAUCCACAAUCCCGUCAAAGCUGACCGUCAAUUUCGUUCUUCCGUACAAUUCCGUGUUGUCCGGCAAAGAGGUUCGCUCUCACAUACUCGCAACCCUUGAGAUAUCUUUCCUUUUUUUACUUCCAGUUGUUCUUUUCUCCGGAGGUUUGGAUUCUUUUUACCAGUUCAGCUGUGAAAUGGAUUUGUUAUUGUAUGAGGGACUUAUGAAGAAUUGGUGCUCAUGGUUUGAUCUAUCUUUAGCUGCGUGUGUUUCGAGAAAAAAAGAUUUUGAAUACGUGUGGUGGGUGAGGUCUAAUUGGGAGGAAAUGCAACGGUAUAAAGUUGAUAUGGUCAUUAUUCCUGCAACUACAGGGCAGAUGGGUGUUUUGCCUGGUCACGUACCGACAAUUGCGGAGCUUAAACCCGGGAUUCUAUCUGUUCACGAAGGUAAUGAUGUGACCAAGUACUUUGUUAGCGGCGGUUUUACUAUCAUCCAUGCAAACUCUGUUGCCGAUAUUGCGGUUGUUGAGGCCACCCCAGUUGACCAAAUUGAACCAAACUUGGUUCAGACAGGCCUUGCUAUUUACCAGCAUAAGCUAAACUCAGCGACAACUGAACUUGAAAAAGCUGAAGCUCAAAUUGGGGUCGAUGUGCACAGCGCUCUCAAUGCAGCUCUUACUGGUUAAGAGGCUAAACACAGGGCUGAUUUAUAUCAUGUCUUUCGACGAAUCAAAUGUUUUUUUUUUUUUUUUUUUUUUUUUUUUAU